UCGAGCCGUUCAUUCAUUCACUCACUCACUUUUGGGCGGCUUCGAGCGGGACCUUCGCCUUGGAAAAAGCGAAAGGAAACGCCACGCCGCUCCGUUCUUGCGAGCGCGCUUAUCUGGCCAUCAAAUACGUCGUGCUCCUUUGUCGACGGGGUACUUUCACUUGCGAAAAGGCAAAGCGAAGAGCGACCAAUCGAGCAACAAGGAGAAGAAAAAAGCGAAGGAAGCAAGGAAAGAAGGAAAGGAAAGACCAGUGAAGGGGAUCGGGUCGGGGUUUGGGGUUGGCUUUUUUCCUUUUUUUUGCCAGAUGGCCAAAGGAGAAGGAGCGGAGAGCGUUGCAACUGCGGGUCUUUUGCAGCAAAGUAUCUUAAAGCAAGAGGAACUGAUACGUCCCAAGAGAGAAAGCAAAGGAAAGCUAUCGAUAUGCAGCAAAGUGUGUUAUGCCGUUGGCGGAGCACCCUACCAGAUCACUGGCUGCGCCUUGGGCUUCUUUCUGCAGAUUUACUUGUUGGAUGUGGCUCAGCUGGACCCUUUCUAUGCAUCCAUCAUCCUUUUUGUGGGCCGCGCAUGGGAUGCCAUUACGGAUCCACUGGUGGGUUUCUUCAUCAGUAAAACGUCAUGGAGUCGCUUGGGACGCCUGAUGCCCUGGAUUAUAUUCUCCACUCCUUUUGCUGUGAUCUCCUACUUCCUGAUAUGGUUUGUGCCCGACAUCUCUCAAGGCCAAGUGAUGUGGUAUCUCUUCUUCUACUGCAUCUUCCAGACCCUCGUGACAUGUUUCCAUGUUCCGUACUCGGCCCUCACCAUGUUCAUUAGCAGGGAGCAGAGUGAGCGAGAUUCUGCCACUGCCUACCGCAUGACAGUGGAAGUGCUUGGGACCGUCCUGGGAACAGCCAUCCAAGGGCAAAUUGUGGGCAAAGUGGGCACGCCUUGCAUUCCAGACCCGCUCUUGUUGAACAUUGGCAAUACUUCUUCAGUGGCCAUGGAAGAGGUCAACAUCACCCAUGACACUGGCUCACUCACGGACACGAGAAAUGCCUACAUGAUCGCAGCUGGUGUCAUCGGUGGGAUAUAUAUUCUUUGUGCUAUCGUCUUAUCUGUGGGCGUUCGAGAAAGACGAGAGUCUUCUGAUCUCCAGCCAGAAGAGCCAGUUUCCUUCUUCCAAAGCUUGAAGCUGGUGAUGAACUAUGGCCCCUACGUCAAGCUGAUUGCUGGCUUGCUCUUUACCUCCCUGGCCUUUAUGCUGCUGGAAGGCAACUUUGCUUUGUUUUGUACGUACACCUUGGGCUUACGCAAUGAGUUCCAGAACAUUCUCCUGGCCAUCAUGCUCUCUGCCACUCUUACCAUCCCCUUUUGGCAGUGGUUCCUCACUCGCUUUGGGAAGAAAACGGCCGUCUACAUUGGAAUCUCGUCUGCAACUCCUUUCCUCCUCUUGAUUAUAAUCAUGGAAAGUAACCUUAUUAUCACUUAUAUAGUGGCUGUUGCUGCAGGAAUCAGUGUCGCUGCUGCUUUUCUUUUACCCUGGUCCAUGUUGCCAGAUGUCAUUGAUGACUUCAACCUGCAGCACCCAGAUUCCACUGGCCAUGAAGCGAUUUUUUUCUCCUUCUACGUCUUCUUCAUCAAGUUUGCAUCUGGGGUAUCUCUGGGGAUCUCCACACUCAGUUUAGACUUUGCUGGUUACAAGACCCGGGGGUGCUCCCAGCCAGAGGAGGUGAACUUGACAUUGAAGAUACUGGUGUCAGCUGCUCCGGUGGCUUUGAUCAUCCUUGGUCUGCUGCUUUUCAAGCUGUACCCCAUUGAUGAGGAGAGGCGACGGAAAAACAAGAAAGCCCUGCAGGAUUUAAGAGAUGAAGAAAACAACAGUAGCACCGAGUCAGACUCCACAGAGCUGGCCAGCAUUGUUUGACCUCGGCUUCCCUUGGUUUGCUGUUUACACACUGGGAUCCUUUGAAGGUGGGGAGGGGCUGCCACGGGGCCAUCCGCUGUGCAGGAGGGAUGCUGACUUACUUCCUUGAGGGAGUGCUCUAUGACGUCCUUCCAGACUUCUCUGGAGAGCAAACACUGGUACAUGCUAUGGCUUACGUGGAAUCGAAGGAGCACCAACUGCAUGUGCGUGCAGGGCAAUGUGCAGUACUGCAGGAACAUACCUCUUGAUUGAAUAAGUGCGCCACAAUCGUUAUUUAUUUUUUGCAAAACACCUUUUGAGCAGUCACUUUCUUUGGGUGUGCUUCAUGCUGCCUCUGAUCCACCUGAUACCAAUGGCAUCAAGUGUGGUA